CCCCGCCCUUUCCUUCCUCGGCGUCCCGGGGUCUGAGGUGGGCGUGGCCAGGCGGCUUUAGGUACCCGGGCAUCUCUGCGGCCGGACACUGGGGCCGCGGCUGAAGGACCAAGCCAGCAGCCCCCGCCCCGGCGAGGAACAGGUGAUGGGCCGGUCGGGCCGGCUGCUGCUGUGGCUCGGCGCCGCGGGCGCCAUUCUCUGCUCCAGCUCGGGGUCCCAAGCGCCUUCUCUGCCAUCCUCACCACGGCCGCUGUCCAUUCCCAGCGCCCAGGACCCAAAAGUCACCACCCGACCUGGCAGCUUGGAGCCACCCUUUCCCCUAAAUCCCCUAGGCACCGAGGGGCCUUGGCUGUUCUCCACCUGCGGGGCCAGCGGCCGACGCGGCCCCACACAAACGCAGUGUGACGGGGCGUACGCGGGCAGCAGCGUGGCGGUGACGGUGGGCGCCGCGGGGCCGCUGCGAGGUGUGCAGCUGUGGCAACCGCCCGGCCCUGGGCAAUACCUGAUCUCGGCUUACGGAGCCGCGGGCGGCAAAGGCGCCAAGAACCACCUGUCGCGGGCACACGGCGUCUUCGUCUCCGCCGUCUUCUCGCUGGGUCGCGGGGACCCACUUUACAUCCUCGUGGGGCAGCAGGGAGAGGACGCCUGCCCCGGCGGGAGCCCGGAGAGCCGGCGCGUCUGCCUCGGAGAGUCCUGGGCGGCUGAAGAGCACGAGGCGACGGAUGGGCCCGAAACGGUGCCUGGGUCGAGGCGCUGGGCCGGGGGCGGCGGGGGCGGCGGGGGCGCCACUUUCGUCUUCCAGAUGCGCGAGGGCGAGCUGGAGCCGCUGCUAGUGGCUGCCGGAGGCGGUGGUCGGGCCUACCUGAGGCGGCGGGACGGAGGCCGGACUCAGGCCGCCCCCGAGAAACUGGAGAACCGCUCAGCAGCGCCCGGGAGCGGCGGGAGAGGCGGGGCGGCAGGUGAGGGCGCGCGGCCGCGGGCAGGCGGGCGUGCACCGCAUCCCCGCUGCCGGCCACCCUGCUGUUCCUCCGCAGGUGGAGGCGGCGGCUGGACUUCGCGGGCCCCCUCGCCGCAGGCGGGCCACUCGCUGCGGGAGGGGGCCGAGGGCGGCCAGGGCUGCGCCGAAGCCUGGGCUGCCCUUGGCUGGGCCGCGGCCGGCGGCUUCGGGGGCGGCGGAGGGGCCUGCACCGCGGGAGGAGGCGGCGGCGGCUACCAGGGGGGUGAUGCUUCUGAGACUGACACACUCUGGGCUGAUGGGGAAGAUGGGGUGUCCUUCAUACACCCCAGCAGUGAGCUCUACCUGCAGCCUCUGGCAGUCAUGGAGAGUCACGGCGAAGUGGAGAUCCGAAGGCACCUCAACUGCAGCCAUUGCCCUCUGAAAGACUGCCAGUGGCAGGCAGCGCUCCAGUCGCCCCAGUGCUUAUGCCCAGAGGGCAUGGAGCUCUCUGUGGACAACAUCACCUGCAUGGACCUGCCAGCGCCCCCCGGCCCUCUGGUUCUGAUGGUGGCUGUGAUGGCGACCUUGACACUGAGCCUCCUUAUGGUGUGUGGGAUCCUCAUUCUGGUGAACCAGAAGAAGUGGCAGGGCCUUUGGGGGACGAGGCUGCCAGGCCCUGAGCUCGAGCUGAGCAAGCUCCGAACGUCUGCCAUCAGGACAGCCCCCAAUCCCUAUUAUUGUCAAGUGGGGCAGGGCCCGGCACAGUCCUGGCCUCUGCCCCCAGGGCUCACUGAGAUUUCCCCAGCCAACGUCACCCUGCUCAGGGCUCUGGGCCAUGGCGCCUUUGGGGAGGUAUAUGAGGGACUGGUCAUUGGUCUUCCUGGGGACUCCAGCCCCCUGCAGGUGGCUAUCAAGACGCUGCCCGAGCUGUGCUCGCGCCAGGAUGAGCUGGAUUUCCUCAUGGAGGCGCUCAUCAUCAGCAAGUUCAGCCAUCGGAACAUCGUGCGGUGUGUGGGGCUCAGCCUGCGGGCUGCCCCUCGCCUCAUUCUGCUGGAGCUGAUGUCUGGCGGGGACAUGAAGAGUUUUCUGAGGCACAGCCGGCCACACCUGGGUCAGCCGUCACCUCUGGUCAUGCAAGACCUGCUGCAGCUGGCUCAGGACAUAGCCCAGGGCUGCCACUACUUGGAGGAAAAUCAUUUCAUCCACAGGGACAUUGCUGCCCGUAACUGCCUGCUGAGCUGCACUGGGCCCAGCCGAGUGGCCAAGAUUGGGGACUUCGGGAUGGCAAGAGACAUCUACCGGGCCAGCUAUUACCGCAAGGGGGGCCGGGCCUUGCUGCCCGUCAAGUGGAUGCCCCCAGAGGCCUUCUUGGAGGGCAUCUUCACACCCAAGACAGACUCCUGGUCUUUUGGGGUGCUGCUCUGGGAGAUCUUCUCCCUGGGGUACAUGCCCUACCCUGGGCGCACCAACCAGGAGGUGCUAGACUUCGUUGUGGCGGGGGGCCGGAUGGACCCUCCCAGGGGCUGUCCGGGGCCUGUGUACCGCAUCAUGACCCAGUGUUGGCAGCACCAGCCUGAGCUGCGCCCCUGCUUCGCCAGCAUCCUGGAGCGGCUCCAGUACUGCACUCAGGACCCUGAUGUGCUGAAUGCAGCCCUGCCGGUGGAGCUGGGGCCCCCCCUGGAGGAGGAAGGGGCGUCCGGGCUGGGAAACCGGGCUUUGGAGGGCCUCAGAGCCCUCCAACCCCAGGAACUGAGUCCAGAGAACAUGAAGAGCUGGGGAGGGAACGCUCUUGGCCCCUGGUUGUCUUCUGGCCUCAAGCCCCUCAAAUCCAGGGGCCUCCAACCGCAGAACCUCUGGAACCCUACCUACGGCUCCUGGGCCCCACGGGGCUGUGAGGGUGGUGACUCGGGCACUGACCACAGCAACGGCUCCUCCUCACACUCCUUCCCGGCCUUCUAGGCACCAGGCGGCCGGUUCCCCAGUAGCUUCUGUCCCCUGCAGCCUGUGCUGCAUGCCGGGGCCUGCCGCAGGACCGCUGGGGGAGAGCUUAGCCACUCCUGGCCGGGGCCCCCAUGCCUCAUCACCCCUGCAGAUGCUUCUAAUAAAAAGCCCUUCUCGAA